GCCGCCUCACUCUCGACCAGUUGAACCGUGUCUCCUCGUUGUUGAGACAUAUCAAACCCUGUAGUUAUCGCCAUGUCAGAUCGAGAUGUCAUGCUUUCCAUGGGUUUCGACAUGGCCCGCGUAGACUGGGCCAUUAAAGCCACGGGAGGUCGUGGUUUACAGCCCGCUAUGGAUUUCCUCAUUGAGAACGAAGGCAAGCCAGUGCCUGACUUGUCCACCGUCUCGGCCAGCUCGAGUUCGCAGCCAUCCAGCGGUGCGGGAGCGGCAGGAGAGGAAGAUGACGAAGAGCUGGAAGCAUUGAAGGCUGUGUACGGAAAGAAGGCCGGAAACGACACCCAGGCCCUCGCCGCGGCGGCGGAGGCAGAUGCUGAAGCCAAGAGUAUCAAGUGCUCAGAAUGCGGCAAGAUCUUCAAGAACACUGCACUGGCCCAAUACCAUGCCGAGAAGAGCGGGCACGACCAGUUUGAGGAGUCGACAGAAGAGGUCAAGCCCUUGACAGAAGAAGAGAAGCAACAGAAAUUAACCGAACUGCGUGAAAAGAUGGCGGAGAAGAGAGCGGCGAAGGCGAAGGAGGAACAGAAGGAGCAGCGGGCUAACGAGGCGAUCCGCAGGAAGUCAGGAAAGGAUGUGAACGAAUUGCGCGAGGAGCUGAAGCAGAAGGAGAUACUCAAGGAAGCUGAGGCUAAGCGACGGGAGAAGGUUGAAGAUGCAAAGGCACGCGCUGCCAUUAAAGCGCAGAUCGAAGCAGACAAGCGUGAACGUGCCGAGAAGGCUGCGCGGGAAAAGGCUCUCCGUGAGGGUACGGCCCUGCCUGAAGCCGCCCCUACACAGUCUCCUCUCGCUGCGGCACGCGCUGCUCCCACAGGUACUGCUGGCAGGGAUUACCCUACGACUAGGCUGCAGAUCCGGAUGGCCAGUGGCGGACAGCCGUACACCACAACGCUGCCGAGUGAUGCUAAGUUGCGUGAGGUCGCGGAAUAUCUCGCGGGCCAGAACCUGAACUUCGACGUCGAGACCGUCAGUUUCUCGAUGCAAUUCCCAAGGAAACAAUUCUCGCAAGCAGACUUCUCCAAGACCCUGCGGGAGCUCGGGUUGACACCGUCUGCUGUUCUCAUCGCCUCUUAACGACGGCUCACGCAGAUCUCAAAGCGGACUAUGCAAAUCACAAUGUACAAUGAGAACUGUGCGAAAAUACCUACUCUCCGUGUAUUCGAACGUCAGACUGGUUCACUCUUACUAUUUUCGCCACGCCACACUCAUCACUACGACUUGCACACCAAAUGACGGAGCUGUUACGAACAUUAUUUGCCACGAGCAUACAAUAUUGUAACUAAGCGACAAGUUAUACGAUACAGUAUGUGUAGCUGCCGCACAAAUCGCACGUAGGGGCAUCUAAGCCAUUAGGCAUCGAACGGUAGUGUUAUAUGAUGUUACAGAUGUGGAAAGCAUGGGGGAAG